UGUAAUAUUUUCAUUAUUUUUUUUUGAUGGUUUGAUAUAAACGGAAUAGUCCAACAAAAAAAACAUAUUUGAACCUCUCUAGUUUCUAUUGACGAGAAAGGGUGGGUAAUGAAACACAUCCGAGGGUUUUUGUUGCAGACGGGGCUGGAAGGGUUUUAGGCCGAUGUCGACAUUGAUGGUUGCAAUAGCAGAUAUGCAACCUUCAACACUGUUUCAGGGUCCAAGAAAUUGGAUGCUAUUUCCUGGUGAUUAUUCUCGUCAUCUUCGUCGACGUUUCUUAUUAUCAUCGUCCCCAAUUCAUUUGCAAGACAGUGAUCCUGUUUGCCCUUUGUUGCACAACAGAUGCGUUGUUGCUUAUUUUCACGACGAUUCCCGUCGACCACAACACCGCCCGCUGUCUUCAUCUUCUUCGACUUCUUCUACUACUGCUUCUGACGGGGGUUAUGAAGAUGAACAGCAUAAACAAGCAGCAAGAGAAGCUGUAUCUGAGAUUCUACAGGAAAAUGGAGUUUCAAAGGAGGAAUCUAUGGAAAUCGCUAUGAAAUCGCCAAAGUAUCUGGAAAUGUUGAUGGAUAGCGUUCGUGACUUGGAUGAACUCUUCCAAUCGGCCACUACAAUUACAAGCAGCUCAACCGCCACCUGUUCAUCGAUUUCUGGUUACAAGAAAAAGGUUUUUGAUAUGGGAAAACAGAAAGGGGAUAAAGGUUUGGUUCCUGUGCUGGAAAGCAUGGUGGGUCUUCCUCUUCCUUCUGCUAUGCAUAUUGCUCGUUAUCUCUCUUCGCACACCCCUCCUAACCUCCUCCACAAGGUCAAGUAUCUGAAGCAAAUAUUAUUCUCUGAUGUUGAUGGAAAAGUGCCAAUUGGAAGGAGUGGUCGAAGAAUGAUGAUGCACUUAUCAGUACCUGUUGAUGAAGAUGUGCAACAGACCUUAUCAUUUCUCGAGAAGAUUCAAGCAAGGCGUGGAGGUCUAGAUUUGUUAAGUUCAGGAGACGGAUCUUUUCGGUACCUGAUAGAAUCAUUUCCCAGACUUCUUUUGCUCUCUGUAGAAUCCACUAUAAAGCCAAUGGUAGAUUUUCUUGAAUCUAUUGGAGUCCCUAAAGGUUGCAUAAGAAAUGUUCUUCUGUUGCACCCUCCAAUCCUUUUCUAUGACAUUAAGAAAGAAAUCAAACCAAGAAUGCAGCUUUUUUCAAAGGUGUAUGGAGAGGAUAAGGAGUUUGGUAAGAUGUUACUGAAAUACCCUUGGAUUCUUUCCACAAGCAUUGAGAAAAAUUAUGAGGAAAUCCUUGCUUUUCUUUAUGCAGAGAAGGUGGCAGAAGUUAGCAUUCAUCGUGCAAUCAAGAGCUGGCCACUUCUUUUAGGUUGUUCAGUUAGAAAACUGAAGUUGAUGAUUGAUCAAUUUCAUGAAUUGGAUAUUACAGAUAAGAUGUUACACCAAGUUAUUGCCACUAGUCCUCAACUACUAAUUCAAAAACCCCAAGAAUUUUACAAGGUGGUUUCUUAUUUAAAAGAUUUGGGACUUGAAGAAGAAACCAUUGGAAGAAUUCUUGGAAGAUGCCCAGAAAUUUUCAUGUUAAAUAUUGAUAAAACUUUGAAGAAGAAAGUUGAAUUCCUUUCUGAAAUUGGUGUUUCCAAGAAUCAUUUUCCUCGUGUAAUCAGAAAAUAUCCAGAGCUUCUUGUAUGCGAUGUCAACAAAUCUCUACAUCCAAGAAUGAUGUAUUUGUUGAAGAUUGGUUUAUCGAAGAGGGAAAUUGCAUUUAUGGUGAGGAAGUUUUCACCAUUGUUAGGGUAUAGUGUUGAAGAGGUUUUGAAGCCAAAGUAUGAGUUUUUAGUAAAAACAAUGCAAAAGCCAUUAAAAGAGGUGGUUGAGUAUCCAAGAUAUUUUAGCUAUUCAUUGGAGAAGAAGAUAAAGCCAAGGUUUUGGGUAAUCAAGGGUCUAAAUUGUGAGUGUAGCUUACAAGAUAUGUUGGAAGUGGAAUGUAGCACCAAGGAUUAA